AUGUCGUCGCGAAUAAAUAAACCUAAACCUUCAAAAUUCACAAAUACCGCUUCGAAGUCUUCAGACAGACGGUUGGCUGCUGGUAGGCAACCAGCUAAGUUCUUGCACAAUGUAGUUGCCGCUCAGGCUAGCAAUGUCCAUAUCAGUACGGCUGGCAGCAAUAGCAGCAGUGGGAAUAAAAGUUACAAUGCUCCAUCUAGCGACACGAAAACGGUUAAGCGUAGUGUUGGUGAUAAGUCGUGGGAAGACUCGUCUUUGCUUGAAUGGAACCCUAAGCACUUCAGAUUAUUUGUGGGGAACUUGGGGCCUGAUGCUAACGAUGAGUUACUAGCAUCUGCCUUUGGGAAAUUCAAGACGAUGUCUAAAGUGAAGGUGCCGACCGAUAAUAAAUCUGGUAAGAAUAAGGGGUAUGGGUUUGUAUCAUUUGAGAGCCCAGACGACUAUUUCAUGGCGUUCAAGGAAAUGAACGGGAAAUAUAUAGGACAGCAUCCUGUUCAGCUAAAGAGAGCUGAAACAAAUAUCAAACCAGUUAAGAAGGGCCGGAGGGGUGGUAGAUAG